GUUUCUAACAAGAGUCCUCCACAUCCACCAGCCACAAUUGACAUCGGACUUUAUAAAAGGUUGUGCUUUAACUUACAUAGUUAAACGCAUUUGACUUGUGGCUUUCAUUUACAAGUUCAAGGCCGAAUUACCUAAUUUAUAUAAUUACAGAGCAUCCUCAGCCAAUCGUAACCUCAACAGACUUACUCCGUGAUAUCCAAAUACUAUACCUCUCUCAAGUACCAUCAUAGUUCUUCAACUUAGCUUUCUACCCGUAUUAAAAAUAGAAGGUUCUAUAUAUUCACGAUGACUGUCGAUACCAUAUCUGAACCAGCCGAGUUGUGGCGGCAUCCAAAUCCUACCUCAACCGAGAUGUACAAGUUUCUAGAACACGUAAGGGGUAAAUAUGAUGUCGAAAUCAAAGACUAUCCCACCUUAUACAAGUGGUCCGUCGAGAACAUCUCGGAUUUCUGGGAGGAAGUAUGGCACUUUUGCGGCAUAAAAGCGUCUAGGUCUUACUCAUGUGUUUUACCGGACAAUGCAUCCAUGUUCCCCAGGCCGGAUUUCUUCUCCGGUGCACUGUUAAACUUCGCGGAGAACCUCCUGUUCCCAGAGAAUGUGGAUAUUGACGAGUCCUCUACCGCCGUCAUCACGGUUACUGAGGUCGAAGAGCAGCUCGUGUCGACAACGUGGGCUGAACUAAGAGAAGCAGUACGACGGUGCUCUAGUUCGUUGAGGGCUGCCGGCUUGAAACCCAAUGAUGUUAUCGCUGGAUUCGUGUCGAACCACCAUCAGGCUCUCGUAGCGAUGCUAUCUGCAGCCGCCAUCGGAGCCGUGUGGACGGGAAUAAGCCCGGAUAACGGAGUAAGUGCCGUCCUGGAUAGGCUGGUCCAGCUUGAGCCUAAGGUCUUGUUCGCGGAUAAUGGGUCCGUGUACAACAGCAAAUCAUGGUCUGGUACGGACAAGAUAUCACAAGUAGUCGACGAACUCACGUCCAGGGGUUUAGAACUUGUCGUCGUUAUAAAUAACAUCCAAGACUUCAGCCUAGAGUUGGAAGGGCUGGGCUCGAAGGGGGUAACGGCUAGAGAAUACGAAAGCUUUUUGAGAAGCGGCGGUGACGAACCCCUGAAAUUCGAACAACUCCCACCAUCACAUCCCCUCUACGUCUUAUUUUCUAGCGGCACUACGGGUCUACCAAAGGCCAUAGUCCACUCGGCGUUGGGUACGCUAAUCCAGCAUAAGAAGGAGCUGUAUCUUCAUUCCUCAUUGAAUUCGACUUCGAGGUUACUCUACUAUACCACUACGUCUUGGAUGAUGUGGCAUUGGAGCAUAUCAGCUCUUUCAUGCGGGACGACUCUUAUUCUAUACUCCGGAUCGCCCUUUAAACCGCAUGGCUACCUCUCCCUACCCCGACUCCUCUCCUCGCUACGGGCAACCCACUUUGGCACGUCUGCCGCAUACCUUACGGCGCUUGAGACUAACUCGGUUUAUCCAAUUCAAUCCCUCGACCUCUCUUCUCUACAAGCAAUCUACUCAACAGCCGCACCCUUGCCGCCGUCAACUUUCUCUUUUGUAUAUAAGGCAUUUCCUGCUCACGUCAAUUUGGCAUCCAUUACCGGAGGUACUGACAUCAUUUCUUGCUUCGGCCUCCCAUGCCCGCUGCUUCCAGUCCACGUGGGCGAAAUUCAAUGCGCGGCGCUCGGCAUGGCCAUUGACGUAGUAGACUCUAUUAGCGGUGCCCCGAUGCCCGACGGAAACGGAGAGCUGGUAUGCACAAAGCCGUUUCCCUCCCAGCCUCUGACAUUCUGGGGACCCGGGGGCGAUGCCAAGUACCGUGCUAGCUAUUUUGAACGCUUCGAUGGCAUAUGGCAUCAUGGCGACUUUCUACGGAUGAACGCCAAGACAGGUGGUAUUGUCAUGCUCGGGCGUAGUGAUGGCGUCCUCAAGCCUGGCGGUGUAAGAUUCGGUAGUGCCGAGAUCUACAACUUGUUGACCAAAUUCUUCGGGGCUGAGAUAGAGGAUGCUGUAUGUGUUGGACGGAGGCGGGAGACGGACCGCGACGAAACCGUCUGCUUGUUCGUCGUCAUGGCCGAGGGGAAUAAGUUCACCCCCGACCUACAAGAGAGGAUCAGAGAUGUAAUUCGGAAGGAAUUAAGUCCACGGCAUAUCCCAGCCGUGAUCGAAGAAUGUGGAGCAGGAGUUCCGAAGACACUAAACGGGAAGAAAAUCGAGGUUGCAGUCAAACAGAUUCUUUCCGGAAUCGAUAUCAAGACGAAUACCAGUGUAGCGAACCCCGAAUCUUUGGUUUGGUUUAAGGAAUGGGCGUUGACGCACGACUAGAACGGUAACGAGAUUCACGAAGAAGGGAGAAAGGCGUCAUUCGGUAGGCUUUAGAUCUAGAUUUGGGGCCAGGUGGAAAAUCAGGGAUAUAACAUUAGGAUUAUGGCUAACGAGAAGGAAACGGUAAAUCGUAAACAGGGCGUAUACUCGUUCCUUCACUUCUUCACGUUAAUCAUUGCCCUGCGUAGCGUAUCCGGAUAUUUGCCUUCACCACAUGAUCUCUCUUAACCUCGCUUUCUCAUCAUCGUCCGCAAAGAUGACAUCAAUGCCUUUCCUCGCCAAUCCUAAUAUUUCCUCUCGCUGUAGUCUAAAGUGCUCCUGUAUAAGCCUCCAUUCGCUCGACAGCGGACUCCCGAAAACGCCCACAUCAUCAGUCUAGCCAGCAUCGAGUCAGCACAGUCCCAUACGCAAAUACUCUUCCAAUCCAAUCUACGCGUCAACUUACACAAGGCACAACAACCGGCCCAU